AAAUCCUCGUCCUUCGCGUCAUCUCGACGCCACAACUCUCCGAGCCCCGCUCCGCAAUAGACCCGUAAGACGCUGUCUCGAUCCGUCCCCCUACCUCCCCCGCCGCCGACGCUCGACUCGAUACAUUGGAGCAGGAGGCGCCGCCGCCAAAACCCAAGCUAGGAGUGGGAGAUUCCGAUCCUCCGCGCGCGCGCGCGCACCAUGGAGCCGGUGCCCCGGAAGCGCAAGGGCGCGCCCCCGGUGUGCUCCGCCGCCAGGUCCCUCCAAGAUUUGGCCUCCCGCAAGCGCGCCUGCCGCGGCUCCGUGCCGCAGCAAUCCCACUGCACCGACGCCCCCGCCCCCGCUGUGGUGAUGACGGCCCCCGCGGCGAGCGGCGCGUCGGCGUCAGCGGGGGUCCUCCCGGGGCGCGGGCUCAAGCGGAAGGUGGGCUGCAUCGACAACGCCACGCGGAUCGGGCGGCGGAAGCGGCUGGAGAACGAGUACGACCUCGGCGAGGAGAUCGGGCACGGCAAGUUCGGCUCCGUCCGCGUCUGCCGCCCCAAGGCCCGGACCCGGGGCGAGGAGGAGUUCGCCUGCAAGGCGCUGCCGAAGAACGGCGGUGACACGGCCCACCGCGAGGUGGAGAUCAUGCAGCACCUCUCGGGCCACCCGGGCGUCGUCACGCUCAGGGCCGUCUUUGAAGACACCGACGCCUUCUACCUCGUCAUGGAGCUCUGCCACGGCGGACGGCUCCUCGAUGAGGUGGCCAGGGAGGGUAAACUCUCAGAGCGCCGCGCCGCCAAUGUGAUCAAGGAGCUCAUGGCGGUCCUCAAGUACUGCCACGAGAUGGGCGUCGUGCAUAGGGACGUCAAGCCGGAGAAUGUUCUGCUCACCAAGUCUGGAAGGUUGAAGCUUGCAGAUUUUGGAUUGGCCGUGCGAGUUGCUGAUGGUCAGCAAUUGACUGGUGUUGCUGGCAGCCCGGCAUAUCUGGCACCUGAGGUUCUACUAGGAAAUUACUCCCAAAAGGUAGAUGUAUGGGCUGCCGGGGUGCUUCUGCAUGUUCUGUUGAUGGGCACUCUUCCGUUCCAAGGAAAAUCUGUCGAAGCUAUCUUUGAUGCUAUAAAGACUGCUGAACUUGACUUUCACAGCAGUCAGUGGGCAUCUGUGUCACUGCUUGCUCGUGAUCUCAUUGGCCGAAUGCUUAAUCGAGAGGUCUCUUCAAGGCCCGAUGCCGAAGAUGUUCUCCGGCACCCUUGGGUCUUAUUCUACACUGAUUGCCCGCAGAAAGCUGAAUUCUCUAACCUAUGGGGUACUAACAAAACUGCAGCUCCCAUGAUUCAUCAGGAGAUAGUCAGGUUUGGUUACUGCGAGUCUUCAUCUUCAAAAUCCUCAAGUGACAACUCUGAAGAGCGAGAUGAAUGCGGUAUAGUUGACGCACUGGCGACAGCAAUAACACAGGUGAGGAUCUCAGAGCCCAAGAGGAGUCGGCUGUUCAGCCUACCCAACGGGUUGUUGCCACCAAGCAGGAACAGUCUCCGAACAUGAAGAGGAUGAAUCCGUGUGUGGCUUUCUAACUUGACCUACCUAGCUCCCAUCCCCAUGCAUGUAUAAACGAGAUAAACGAGCUCUGUGAUUUUAUAGAUGGAAAAUUUUCACCGUGGUUGAUGUUUUGCGAUUGCUAGCUCGCUGAGGCUGCAAUCCUCUGUAAAUAUAUCACUGUUGUCAUCGUUUCUAUACAUCGAUGAUCACCGUAAUUGAUUCGAUUAUUU